UCUGGUCCGAGUAGGCUUGCGGAAGCGCCGCUGAUAUCCGGAAGUUUGGGCGGUGGUUGAACACGGUGGAGGAUUCAGCUGUCGAUCUCGUUUGUUAGCUAAAGCGCAACUCAGCCGAAAUGUCGAGCAAAUAUCGUGCCAAGGGAAAGGCCCCCAAGAAGCGCCCCCAGCGCGCGACUUCCAAUGUCUUUGCUAUGUUCGACCAGUCACAGAUUCAGGAAUUUAAAGAAGCGUUCAACAUGAUUGACCAGAACCGUGAUGGCUUUGUAGAUAAGGAGGAUCUGCACGACAUGCUGGCGUCUCUCGGUAAGAACCCAGCAGAUGAUUAUUUGGAGGCGAUGAUGACAGAAGCUCCUGGGCCAAUAAACUUCACCAUGUUUCUCACUAUGUUUGGAGAGAAGCUCAAUGGCACCGACCCCGAGGAAGUCAUUCGUAAUGCUUUUGCUUGCUUCGACGAGGAAGGAACAGGCUUCAUACAGGAGGACUACUUGCGAGAACUUCUGACCACUAUGGGUGAUCGCUUCACAGAGGAAGAAGUUGAUGAGCUCUUCAGAGAAGCACCCAUCGAUAAAAAGAGCAACUUCAACUAUGUGGAGUUCACCCGUAUUCUCAAACAUGGAGCCAAAGACAAGGAUGACUAAACAGAAAACAAGCCCCUGUCUUCUUCCUUUUAAAAUCCCCUUUUAGGCUAGAGGAAUUCUGUGCUGUCCCUUGGGAACCUGACCUGAGCUCUAUUAUUGCAUGUAUGUGAGAAUGAAAAGUGCACUCUGUAAAAAUCUCUUUAGAAUAAGACCUAAUAUAUGAAUGGGUUGUGAUGUAGUAUCACAAAAAAUGUUGUCACCUUAUUACUAAAAUCAAAAUCCAACACGUGACUGCGCAUGAUAAAGUUAUUCUCUUUGUGGUGUUUGAAUUUGGUUCGUGCAACGUUGAGGUUUCAGUGUUUAUUAUUUUUUCAUAUAUGCCAGUUUUAACAAAUUACACUAAGGUUUAUGCUUAAUAGGUGAAGGUGUUUCUAGGUUUAUGGGUCUGAGCGAUCAUAACUUUUUCAUAUAUUUUGUCCAUGUCUAGACUUUUUAUAAUGGAGUGGUACUUCUAGUUUACUUAAAGUUAGUCGGUAAGUUGUACAAUCUCAAACCUCUAAGACAGUGUCUCAUUUCUCUUUAAAACUGGAAAAAAUAAAAACAAAUGUGACAGUGUUACAUUUUAGCUGCAUUUGAGCUUUUCAUGGCCUGAGCUAACUGUGUUUUUACAUUUUAUAAUAUAAAAUAUUUUGAAUAAAUGACUCCUAAAACAGUG